AUGUUUUUACGUCGAGCAUGUUUUUUUAUCAACCGGACGUGCGGGGUUUUCGCGAAUCGUACAGUUUCACAGAGCUGUAUUCAGUUAAGUGAAGAAUUGAAAAAUGCUUUUACUAAUAAGCUUCCUGUGGUAGCUCUAGAAUCGACGAUUAUAACACAUGGAAUGCCUUAUCCUCAAAAUGUUGAGUGCGCGCUGCAAGUGGAGGAGGUUGUACGCAAGCAGGGUGCCGUACCUGCAACAAUAGCAAUAGUAAAUGGAAAGAUAAAAGUUGGACUAUCGGAGAAAGAUAUAAAUAAACUAGGUGAUACAAAAUCAAGUCAACCCAUAAAAACUUCGAGAAGAGAUUUGGCUUAUGUCAUGAGUAAUAAGAAAAACGGUGGUACCACAGUUUCAGGAACUUUGAUCGUUGCCAAUAAAGUAAAUAUUCCCAUAUUUGCUACUGGAGGUAUUGGUGGCGUUCAUAGAGAUGCAGAAAAUACAUUUGAUAUUUCAGCAGAUUUAAUAGAACUUGGCAGAUCCAGUGUAGCUGUUAUUUCUAGUGGAGUUAAAUCAAUUUUAGACAUACCAAAAACAUUGGAAGUUUUGGAAACCCAAGGAGUUUUUGUAGCAACUUUUGGAUCAUCCAAUGAUUUUCCAGCUUUUUAUGCAAGGGACAGUGGUAUAAAAGUUCCUUACUCGGUUCAGAAUGCAGACGAAGCUGCCAGAAUCAUUAGAAGCAACAGGGAUAUAAAUACUAAAUCUGGUAUGCUCUUCGGAGUUCCAAUUCCUGAAGAAUUUGCUUUUGACUCAGAUGUAAUCAAUAAAGUUAUUGAGGAGGCUCUUCAUGAAGCUAAACUUAACAAUAUACAAGGCAAACUUAUAACACCGUUUUUAUUAUCACAUAUUGCCAAAAUCACAGAAGGAAAAUCUCUUCAAAGCAAUAUUGCAUUAAUCAAAAAUAAUGCAAAAGUUGCUGCUGCUAUUGCUGCAGCUUUGGCCAAACUUGAACAAUCUCAAGGAGAAGAUAAAGGUACAUCCAUAAUUGGAGAAAACAUUCAACGACGACCUAUUAUUAUUGGUGGUUCCAAUAUGGAUUGCAGUGCUGUCCUUGACACAGAUAAUAUACAGCUUGAUGGACGACUUUAUCCUUCAAAAUUCGCCUAUUCUCCUGGAGGGGUUGGUAGAAAUAUGUGUGAAGCUAUGGACAAACUUGGCUAUUCGCCCAAUUUUUUAACCAUGAUUGGAAACGACUUUCAUGGAGUUCAAAUAAAAUCUUCGAUUCCAAAUACCAGUAAACAUUGCACUAAAAUAAGUCAAACGAAGAAUACUGCUCAAUGUAUCAUAGUGUUUGACAAUAAAGGGAGCUGUAAAAUGUUAAUGGGGGAUAUGAGCAUACACAAAGAAAUUACACCAGAUGUGAUAUUAGAAAAUGAAGUGUAUUUAAAAGAAGCGCCUCUAAUUAUCAUGGAUGGAAAUUUAACAUUAGAAACAAUGAACGAAAUAUUAAGGAUAGCUGUAGAAAGCAAUAUACCUGUAUUCUUCGAACCGACAGAUUCAGCUAUAGCAGAGCUACCAUUCAAGUCAACAUAUUCAAAGGCAAUAAAAUUCAUAACACCAAAUAUAAACGAACUUUAUGUAAUAGCAAAUUUGUUAAACAUUCCUUAUACGAAAUCUUCUAGAUUAGAAGAUAUAGCUAAUUUAACAGAAAGAGUUGUGAAUUAUGUAGACAAUGUCAUUGUUACAAUGGGUCAUCAAGGAAUACUUAUUGGAAGAAAGGGUUUAGCAACUGAUUCUUUCCAACAAAAGGUAACAAAUGAAAAAUUCGGAGCUAGACAUUACCCUACAAAAGAAAUCACCAAUUUAGUAAACGUUAGUGGAGCUGGUGAUUGCUUUGCAAGUGGUUUUAUAUGUGCAUUAGUGUCUGAUAAAUCCGAAGAAAUAUGUAUAUCUGUAGGAUUUGCAGCUGCUGAAUUAGCGCUCUUUAGUGAAUCCGCCGUUCCAAAAUCGAUGUUCGAUCCUUCCCACGAGUCGUGGAGUGUCCCAACUAAAUAUACUACUAUAAUAUAA